AUGCCCCUUUUCAGCUGGAUGAAGUGGUCACAUGAAGCGGGGGAGUGGGCACAGGAGGACGGGGUAUCUCUGAACACCCCGGGGGUUGUACCAAGCCGUAUGCUGAUCCGAGAGCUCCUGUGGCAUGUGGAGGAGCGCGAGCGCCUGGCGCGGGAAUUGGAGCGAGAGCACAGGCUUGCCCACAGCACUCUGGGACUGCACUGGUUUCAGAAGUAUCCCAGGUUACGGACCCUGAUCCCAACAUCAGAGCUCCAGCAGCUGGAAUGUUUGUGUGCCCAAAUCCCACCCAUCCACACAGCCACGGUGCUGUCCAGGUUCCGUGAGGUGCUCGCAACAAACAGCAUACUGCCCUGGGAACUGGUAUACGUCUUCAAGCAGGUACUGCGAGACUUCCUGAGCAGAGAGGAGUGUGAGGAAGAGGUGGAACUCUCAGCUCCCCCGACGCAGCUCUGGCCGAUGGAGGCUUGGACCAACCGCUACCACAUGAGGCAAGGCUUUGUCACACCAACCGUACCCAACUGUGGAGAGCCGCCGCGGGAAGAGAUCCCCACCAUCUCUGGAUACGUAGACCGUGCCAUGCAGCGCUCUAGAUCCAAAACAACCCACAGAGACUGGGAUCUUCCUUACUAUUAUCCAGUUGCUGUCGGGCCCACAGGGGCAUACAACACUGCGCUGUGA